ACCAAGAGAAGAAGAGGUUUACGACUUUACCGUUCGCAGAUCCUGGACUGGUUUUCAAGGUCACCGGUAAAAUGGUGUCUUCCGCCGGAAAUCCGCUCCGGCCACUGCUAGGGUUCGGGUCCUUCAUCCAAGGUUUCCGAGGAUUUCCAUGGAUGGGUGUAAAUUUCUUCCUCAAAGAUGGUCUCAACGUCGAUUCUCCCACGCUUCAGCUUCUGCAAAGCUCGGCAAAUCUUCCGAUGGUCGGAAAACCGUUUUACGGAAUUGUUUCUGAUGUGAUUUACUUCAGAGGCCAGCAUAGGAUUCCAUACAUCGCCACAGGAGUUUUUUUGCAGGCAGUGUCAUGGUUAGCAAUAGCCCUUCUUCCCUUACCAAAUGUUUCGAUCAUCACCAUUAGUAUCUUUCUCCUCCUUGGCAACUUUGGUGCUUCAAUUGUUGAGGUUGCAAAUGAUGCUCUAGUUGCUGAGACAGGAAAACAAGGAUCCUCUUCCAAGAAUUCACAAUCAUCUUCAAUGGGUGAGCUUCAGUCUUUCGUUUGGAUGGCUGCUUCUAUAGGUGGUGUCCUUGGUAACCUCCUAGGGGGAAUUGCUGUUGAACGCUUCUCUGCUCAAGCAAUGUUCCUUGCAUUUGGUCUACUACUAAUCAUCCAAUUCUUCACAACUGUAUCAGUCCAUGAGAACUCACUCAACCUCCCUACGAAUUCUUCAAAUUCUGGUAUCCGCAAACAGUUCAAAGAGCUCUCACUCGCAUUACGGAAUCCUAAGAUUGCUUACUCAUUGGUAUGGUUUGCAUCAUCUUAUGCUAUAAUCCCAGUAUUGACAGGCACAAUGUUCUUCUACCAAACAGAGCAUUUGGGACUUGAUUCAUCGGUGUUGGGACUGUCCAAGGUAUUUGGACAGGCAGCAAUGCUUCUCUGGAGCAUUAUAUAUAACAAGCGCUUGAAGCUCAUCCCACCAAGGAAAUUGAUUUCAGCUGUCCAAGCAACAAUGGCUGUGUUUAUGUUGUCAGAUGUCUUGUUUGUGAAGGAAAUUUAUCGGAACUUGGGUGUUCCAGAUUCAGUAUAUGUUGUGGUCUUCUCAGGUUUGUUAGAAGUUUUGUUCCAAUUUAAAGUGCUGCCAUUUAGUGUUCUCAUGGCACAACUCUGCCCACCAGGUUGUGAGGGGUCUCUAAUGGCUUUUCUCAUGUCUGCUAUUGCCUUAUCCACCAUUGUGAGUGGUUACCUUGGUGUUGUACUUGCAUCAUAUGUUGGUGUAUCUGGGGAUAACUUCGAAGGGCUACCAUAUUGUAUUCUUAUACAAGCUGCAUGCACAUUGAUGCCACUCUUUUGGUCUUCAUGGAUCCCAAGUGAUGUUAAGCCCCAAAAGAAGAAACACAAAAAGGAUAAUUAAGCAGUACUAAUAGGGUGUGUAAUUGAGCUACAAGGUAUGCAUAGAUUAAAGUGGAUAUUUUUUUGGCUU